AUGAAUUUCCUUAAGCAAGCCCUUUCAUCCUACGGUUCUCAUUCUUCUCGCUCAUGGAGACAACCCCUUUUCUUGCUCCGUCCGAUCACUCAAUCUUCGCCGUAUUCCACAACCUAUAAGCUCAGUAAUCCCCAGCCCAGGAAGGCGAAAACCACCACCCAGAAGCCACAAGAACCACCGCCCCCGCCACCGUCAUCUUCGUCGAUGAGUUGGCAUCAGAGGAUUAAGAAACAAGCAGAAGGGUCAACGGAUUGGCCGAGGCCGAGUGAAAUUCCUUACCAAUCAAAGGUUGCGAAUUCAGUGAAUCUCAUCGGUCAAGUCACAACUCCGGUCAAGUUUCAUUCAGCCCCAGAUGGUAAGUCUUUUGCUGGCGCUGUUAUUUCCCAAGAAAAUGACGAACACCUUGUUAUUCCUAUGUUGUUUGAGGGCGAUUUGGCAUCUGUCGUGGAUGCCCAUGUGAAAAAAAAUGACUGUGUAUACGUUGAAGGGAAAUUGAGUGAGGAUUCUUUGCCAUUUGAUCUGGAUGAUUGUCGAGGUAAUUUCCAUUUGGUAGUGGAAAAUAUCAAUUUUGUGGUAGGGUAUGAGAAGAAGCCUUCUAGGAAGAAAAUGGUGACUAAUGAGUCUGGUGGUGGAAGAACUUAUCCGGAAAAAGUUAAUGUGCAGGAAUAUGAUGAUCAAUUGCGUCCUUCAAAAACACCAGAGAGUGAAAUCAGUGAGCCGGAAUUCUCCCAGGACAACUUGAACAGCGCAAAAGCAGUGAAAAAGGAUGAUCUUGGCAAUGAUCCUUGGAAAGAUCUGGUGAAGAAUCCAGGUCAAUGGCGGGAUUAUCGCGAACAGAAGUCCAACCGAACUGUGGUUCCAAAGCACCCAGAUUUUAAGCACGGGCGUAUUUCGCUUUGGCUAGAUAGUGCUCCAAAGUGGGUGUUGCCAGAAAUUGAAAAGAUGUUUGGAAAAGUCAACUCGAAUGAAGUGAAGGCGUCAAAAGCGUCAAAAGGGGAAGAUUCAUGGAAGAAUUUGGUGGAGUAUCCUAGUAAAUGGUGGGAUAACAGGUUGAACAAGAAAAAUCCCAAAGGGCCCGACUUUACGCACAAAGAAACUAAGGAAGCACUGUGGCUGAACAGCGCUCCAAAUUGGGUUUUGCCGAAGUUGCCUGAACCGAAAGAGAAGGUUGCAAAUUGGGGUUCUUAG